GAUUCUUCAUCCCUUCGAAUCUCCGAAUCUCCUCACCCAAUCUUCUUCUCACAGACUCAGUCUCUCUCUGCUAACCCUUAACCCUAGAAUUCAAUCACUCGCCACCAUGCUGAAGUUUUCGUCAACGGCUUCGAAUCAGAUUCGGUACCUGCUCCAGAUCCUCGACGAAUCCAACGCCGACUCUGUUCUUCGUGAGCUCCGUCAGUUUGUUGAAUAUGGAGUUGAGGGAAGCAUUAUGCUGCUCCAAGCAUGCAUUGAUCAUCUGAACUCUUACGGCACAGACUCAAAGAACAUGCAGCUAGAAUUAGUUGUUGCAUCAAUUUUUAGAUACCUGUUGGACCAGCCAAAUUUCAGCACGGUGUUUUUUGAGUCGCUAAGGAACGCAGAGAUCAAUGAAGGAACUCUAGAGAAUUUCUCUAAUGCACUGCACCUGUCUGUAUCUGAAAAAAUUGCCAUUGGUCUCGCUUUGUCAGAUUCUGAAAACCUUGAAGCCAGAAUGAGUGGAAAAAGUUUUUGUAUGGCUCAGAUUGAGGAAUUGUGUGCGAAUCCUGUUUUACUGAACUCUUCUGAGCGAAUUCAGAAUAUUGUUAUGUUCCUCCAGCGGUCUGAGGCCCUUUCCAAGCAUUUAGAUUCCUUUAUGCAGAUGUUAUCUUUCGUGCAGUCGAAUGAUGUUGCCCCAUUUGUUUUAACGCCGCUUCUUUCAGAUGAAUUGCGUGAGGCCAAUUUUCUAAGGAAUAUGGAUUUGUUCCAUGACUCUGGAGAAGAUUUUGAUUCUAUUUUAGCAGAAAUGGAGAAGGAAAUGAGCAUGGGAGAUAUUAUGAAGGAACUAGGUUAUGGGUGCACAGUUAAUGCAACACAGUGCAAAGAGAUUUUAUCUCUUUUCUUGCCACUGACUGAGAUUACUGUGUCUAAAAUACUUGGCACAAUUGCCCGCACCCAAGCUGGUCUUGAGGACAAUCAGAGCAUGUUUUCAACGCUUAGCUUGGCUCUUGGUUGCAGCACUUUGUUUGAUCUGCAAUCCUUGGACUCCUGGAAUAUUGAUGUUGUCAUAGAUACAAUCAAGCAACUUGCUCCUGGAACCAAUUGGAUACGAGUUAUUGAAAAUAUGGACCAUGAGGGGUUCUACUUUCCUAAUCAGGAGGCAUUCUCUUUUUUUAUGACUGCAUAUAAGCGCGCGUGCCAGGAACCAUUCCCUCUCCAUGCCAUUUGUGGUUCUGUUUGGAAGAAUACAGAGGGUCAGCUAUCUUUUCUUAAAUAUGCUGUUUCAGCACCACCAGAAAUAUUUACAUUUGCCCAUUCUGCAAGGCAGCUGGCUGAUAUUGAUGCCGUGCAUGGCCAUAAGUUACAACUUGGACAUGCUAAUCAUGCAUGGUUGUGUCUUGACCUUUUGGACGUGCUAUGUCAACUAGCUGAGAGGGGUCAUGCCACUUCUGUUCAGUUGAUCGUUGAAUAUCCUAUUAAACACUGUCCUGAAGUCUUACUUCUUGGGAUGGCACACGUUAAUACUGCUUAUAACCUCCUCCAGUAUGAAGUGACCUUUAGUGUUUUCCCGGUUAUAGUAAAAAAUGCCAUGAAUAGUGGAAUGCUUCUUCACCUCUGGCAUGUUAAUCCCAAUAUGGUGUUGCGUGGAUUUAUAGAUGCCCUCAACUCUGAUCCAGACAGCAUGACUAGAAUAUUGGAGAUCUGCCAAGAGCUAAAGAUUAUAUCAGCAGUGUUAGAUAUGGUUCCUUCUUCUUAUGCCAUCCGAUUGGCAGCUCUUGCGUCAAGAAAAGAACUUGUAGACCUUGAGAAGUGGCUCAGUUAUAAUUUAAAUACAUAUAAAGAUAUUUUCUUUGAGGAGUGCCUCAGUUUCUUGAAGGAGAUUCAAUUUGGUGGAUCACAGGAUUUUUCCACCAAAACAUUCCAUCAUUCCGGUGCUGUCUUGAAUCUCUAUGUAGAGACUAGUUCUACCUUCUUGAAGGUCCUUAAAGCUCAUACAGGCUUGAUUAGCUCUACGCAGCUUGCUGAGGAGAUGGAAAAGCUGCAUGUAACAACUAUGGAUUCUAAUCCAAGGUUGCAGAAUGGUGGGGCUACAGAUUCUUCAACGUCUGAUGGAUAUGCAGAUGAUAUUGAGGCUGAAGCAAACUCUUACUUCCAUCAAAUGUUUUCUGGUCAGUUGACCAUUGAAGCAAUGGUUCAAAUGCUUGCUCGAUUCAAGGAAUCCUCUGUGAAAAGGGAACAAUUAAUUUUUGAGUGCAUGAUUGCAAAUCUGUUUGAGGAGUACAGAUUCUUCCCCAAGUAUCCCGAGAGGCAGCUCAAAAUUGCUGCAGUUCUGUUUGGCUCUGUUAUCAAGCACCAGCUUGUAACUCAUCUCACACUCGGGAUUGCUCUGCGUGGUGUUUUAGAUGCUCUACGCAAACCUGCAGAUUCAAAAAUGUUUGUGUUUGGGACUAUGGCUUUGGAGCAGUUUGUGGAUCGUCUGAUUGAGUGGCCACAAUAUUGCAACCAUAUCUUACAGAUAUCCCAUCUGCGCGGGACUCAUUCAGAUAUUGUUGCUUUCAUAGAACAGGCUCUUGCAAGGAUUUCAUCAGGCCAUUCAGACACGGAUGGAGGCAGCCAUGCUUCUGUUGUUAAUCACCAUGGUUCCACUCAGGCUACCUCAGGAAAUCUGGAGCUAAAUAGCUCUAGCAUCAUACAGCCUGGGCAGCAACUUUCGUCCCCACUGCAGCUUCAACAUAGAAAUGAAAGUCUUGAAGACCGUCAUAAAGCAGCUGCAGUAUCAUCUAAUGACGGGAAACCACUCUUAUCUUCUGUAGGGCAAUCUUCAGCUGUUCAUUUAGGUGAUGCUUCUAGUAUUCAGAAGUUACAGAAUGCUAUAAGUGCUCCGCCAAUGCUUUCUUCUUCAUCUGGUUUUGUUCGCCCUUCUCGAGCAGUUACUUCUACCAGAUUUGGCUCUGCUCUGAACAUUGAAACACUUGUUGCUGCAGCCGAGAAAAGAGAGACUCCCAUAGAGGCUCCGGCAUCAGAGAUUCAAGACAAAAUUUCUUUUAUCAUAAAUAAUAUCUCAGUUGCUAAUAUUGAAGCUAAGGCGAAAGAAUUCAAUGAAAUUUUUAAGGAACAGUACUAUCCCUGGUUUGCACAAUAUAUGGUUAUGAAAAGAGCAAGCAUUGAGCCGAAUUUUCAUGACUUGUAUUUGAAGUUUUUGGACAAGGUUACUGCAAAGGCUUUGAAUAAAGAAAUUGUUCAAGCCACAUAUGAGAACUGCAAGGUUCUCCUAGGAUCAGAGCUUAUAAAGUCAAGUUCCGAAGAGCGUUCAUUGCUAAAAAACUUGGGUAGUUGGCUUGGGAAGUUAACAAUUGGAAGGAAUCAAGUCUUACGGGCUCGUGAAAUUGAUCCUAAAUCUUUGAUUAUAGAGGCAUAUGAGAAGGGAUUGAUGAUUGCAGUAAUACCAUUUACUUCCAAGGUUUUGGAACCAUGCCAAAACAGUCUAGCAUAUCAACCUCCCAAUCCUUGGACCAUGGGCAUUCUUGGGUUACUUGCUGAGAUUUAUUCAAUGCCAAACUUGAAAAUGAACCUCAAGUUUGAUAUUGAGGUCCUAUUCAAGAACCUGAGUGUUGAUAUGAAGGAUGUUACACCGACUUCUCUUCUCAAGGAUCGCAAAAGGGAAGUUGAAGGGAAUCCUGAUUUUUCUAACAAAGAUGUUGGAGCAUCCCAACCACAGUUGGUUGCUGAAAUUAAAUCCGGAAUGGUACCACCAGUGAACCAAGUUGAGCUACCGCUUGAGGUUGCUAGUACACCUAAUUCUGGAGGCCACACACAUUUGUUAUCUCAGUAUGCUGCUUCUCUUCAUCUUCCUUCUGGUACAUUGAUGGAGGAUGAAAAGCUGUCAGCUUUAGGAUUGGCUGAUCAGCUCCCUUCUGCGCAAGGACUCUUGCAAGCCACUCCAUCCCAGUCGCCGUUUUCUCUAACUCAGCUUCCUGCACCAAUACCUAACAUUGGAACUCAUGUUAUUAUCAACCAGAAGCUCAGUGCUUUGGGCUUACACCUGCAUUUUCAGAGAGUGGUUCCAAUUGCGAUGGACAGAGCUAUUAAAGAGAUAGUAUCUGGUAUUGUUCAGCGCAGUGUAUCUAUAGCAACCCAAACAACAAAGGAGCUUGUUUUAAAGGAUUAUGCCAUGGAAUUGGAUGAAACACGCAUAUUUAAUGCAGCACACUUGAUGGUUGCAAGUCUGGCUGGAAGUCUUGCUCAUGUAACGUGCAAAGAACCCUUACGUGGGUCAAUAUCAAGUCAGCUGAGGAAUUCACUUCAGGGUCUGAAUAUUGCGAGUGAACUUCUAGAACAAGCAGUACAACUUGUUACAAAUGACAACCUUGAUCUCGGUUGUGCAGUCAUUGAACAGGCUGCCACGGAUAAGGCGAUACAAACCAUUGAUGGGGAAAUAGCUCAACAACUUGCUUUGAGAAGGAAGCAUAGAGAGGGUGUUGGCCCCACAUUUUUUGAUGGAAACAUGUAUACACAAGGUUCUAUGGGUGUUGUACCAGAGGCCCUCCGUCCUAAACCUGGUCACUUGUCCCUUUCUCAACAGCGAGUUUAUGAGGACUUUGUUCGGCUUCCCUGGCAAAAUCAAUCUAGCCAGAGUUCACAUGCUAUGCCUUCUGGUCCUGCUUCAUCUGGCGGUACGAGUCUGACUGGUGCAUAUGGCUCCGCAUCUGGACAAUUAAAUCCUGGCUACUCAUCUACCUCAGGAAGCACAGGAUUUGAAGCAGUCUCUCGGUCGCAAGAUGAGUCAAUGGAAUCUAAUUCAGCUAUGCAUCUUAGUGCUUCCUCAAUUCACAUUGGAGUGGCUGAUGGUGUUGCCCAGCUUAGUUCUGAGAAUGAUUCUGCCACUGGUUCGUUUCCUCCAACUUCUUCAGCCUCUGAGUUGCAUUCAUUGGAUUCCUCUGAUGUUGCAAAGGAAUCUGGAGCUUCUUCACAGCUAUUACCUUCACCAGUUGCCACUGAGCGCCUUGGAAAUAGCAUAUCCGAGCCUUCGCUCACCACUAGGGAUGCAUUGGAUAAAUACCAGAUUGUUGCACAGAAGUUGGAAGCUUUGCUAAAUAAUGAUGGUAAAGAAGCGGACAUCCAGGGAGUCAUUGCUGAAGUUCCUGAAAUCAUACUCAGAUGCAUUAGUCGUGAUGAAGCUGCCUUGGCUGUUGCACAAAAGGUUUUCAAAGGUUUAUAUGAGAAUGGGUCAAACAUUAUUCAUGUUGGUACUCAUCUUGCAAUUCUGACUGCUAUUCGUGAUGUUUGCAAGCUUGUUGUUAAGGAGCUCACUAGCUGGGUUAUUUACUCAGAUGAGGAGCGGAAGUUCAACAAAGAUAUAACUGUUGGUCUUAUUCGCAGUGAAUUGCUAAACCUUGCAGAGUACAAUGUUCACAUGGCAAAACUUAUUGAUGGAGGCAGGAAUAAGGCUGCAACCGAGUUUGCAAUUUCCCUUCUGCAAACUUUGGUCAUUGAAGAAUCUAGAGUUAUAUCUGAACUUCACAAUCUUGUUGAUGCUUUAGCAAAGGUUGCUGCAAAGCCUGGAUCUCCUGAGUCAUUACAACAACUAGUUGAGGUUGUGAAGAAUCCUGCUGCUAGUGUGGCUGCUCUAUCUGGUGUUAAUGUUGGAAAGGAGGAUAAAGCCAGACAAUUGAAAGACAAAAAGCCUCCUGGGCACUCUACAGCAAGUAGGGAAGACUAUAACAGUGUGGAGUCUGUAGGACCAGAUCCUGCUGGUUUUGGCGAGCAGGUUUCUAGGCUGUUUGCGGAAUGGUACCGGAUAUGUGAACUGCCUGGUGCAAACGAUGCAGCCUGUACACAUUAUAUCUUACAGUUGCAUCAGAAUGGACUGCUGAAGGGAGAUGAUAUGACAGAUCGCUUUUUCCGCCACCUGACUGAGCUUUCUGUUGCACAUUGUCUAUCUUCUGAGGUACAAUCACCUCAACAAGUGCAGAAUAUGUCCUUCCUUGCUGUUGAUAUCUAUGGAAAACUGGUGUUUUCUAUCCUGAAGGGGUCUAGUAAACUCUUUCUUUUGUCUAAGAUUCUGGCUGUGACUGUGAGAUUCAUCCAGAAGGAUGCAGAGGAGAAGAAAACAUCCUUUAAUCCGCGACCAUAUUUUAGAUUGUUCAUUAACUGGCUGCUGGACCUGAGUUCCCUGGAUCCUGUUAUUGAUGGUGCAAACAUUCAGAUUUUGGCAGCGUUUGCGAAUGCAUUUCAUGCUUUGCAGCCCCUUAAAGUUCCUACAUUCAGCUUUGCAUGGCUUGAGUUGGUGAGUCACAGGAGUUUCAUGCCAAAAAUGCUCACUGUAAAUGGUCAGAAGGGAUGGCCAUUUGUGCAGCGGUUGCUGGUAGACUUGUUCCAAUUCAUGGAGCCAUUUUUGAGGAAUGCUGAACUCGGAGUGCCGGUUCAUUUUCUGUACAAAGGCACGCUUAGGGUGCUGUUAGUGCUGCUUCAUGAUUUCCCCGAGUUCCUGUGUGAUUUUCAUUUUUCCUUCUGUGAUGUGAUUCCUCCGAGCUGCAUACAAAUGCGAAACAUUAUCCUUAGUGCAUUUCCCCGUAAUAUGAGGCUGCCAGAUCCAUCUACUCCCAACUUAAAGAUUGAUUUACUUGCAGAAAUCAGGCAAUCCCCACGCAUUCUCUCUGAUGUUGAAAUAGCUCUUAAAGCAAAGCAGAUUAAGGCUGACUUAGAUGAGUAUCUCAAGACUAGGCAGCCUGCAUCUUUUGUGACUGAACUGAAGCAGAAACUACUACUUCCACCAAGUGAUGCUGCCUCUGCUGGUACCCGUUACAAUGUACCCUUGAUCAACGCCCUUGUGCUUUAUGUUGGAAUGCAGCAGCUGCAGUCGAAAACUCCUCAUGCACAGUCCCCUACCAACACUGUUCCAUUGGCUAUGUUCUUUGUUGGUGCCGCCUUGGAUAUCUUCCAGGCUCUAAUAGCGGACUUAGACACUGAAGGGCGCUACCUCUUUCUUAAUGCGGUCGCUAACCAAUUGCGCUAUCCAAACACCCAUACACAUUACUUCUCCUUCAUCCUUCUUUACUUGUUUGCCGAAUCAAAUCAGGAAAUAAUCCAGGAGCAAAUUACAAGAGUGCUGUUGGAACGCCUGAUUGUCAACCGACCUCAUCCAUGGGGCCUUCUCAUUACUUUCAUCGAGUUAAUUAAGAAUCCUAGAUACAACUUUUGGAACCAAACCUUCAUAAGGUGUGCCCCCGAGAUUGAAAAACUAUUUGAAUCAGUCUCAAGAUCCUGCGGAGGGCCAAAAUCUGUGGAUGAGAGUAUGGUUCCUGGUUGGGUAUCUGACAACACCCACUGAUUCUUUGCAGCAUUUGAUUAUCAAAGACAGGACAAUUAUGUACUUUAACUAGUUAAAGCAAUUAAAUCCAUUGUAUGUAGUAUUCAAUAUUCUUACAAUUGUAUUUAAUGGAUAGUUGUAAAUAUUUUUGCUUUCAAACUUCCAAGCUUUUGGUUAUAGCGUCAUGUAAUUGUUUCUUUAUCGCCUGAAACACUAGAUGUGUAAAUGCUACAUGUUAGAACCGUCUGGUUAAACUUCCAAGGGAAGGGAAGGUAAAGAGGAUUAAUGCUUUUUAGUAGAUUGUUAUACAAUUCGGAUGACGUAGUAAUGAAAAUUAAUCUUUGAUUUUUUAUUUU